GCCGGGAGGCCGGGGAGACGGCAUUUGAAAUUUUGUUAAAAAAAACUGGACUGCCAAGGGCUGUCACGAUUUUUGGAGAAGCUUCAUUUUCCUAAUUUGAGAAGACAUAAAUGGUCAAGAAAUUCACAAAAUGGAGAAUGAGCAGAAGGAAAAUCACUUUUUUGAGCCACAUAAAAGAAUGUUGAUGAAAACGCCUCUGAAAGAGUCAUCUACCUCAAAUACAGUAUUAACAGAGCUCCAGCCUGGGCCUUUGACGACACCAACCAAGCCUAAGGAAACCUCUCCUGGAGAGCCAUGGACACCAACAGCUAAUCUUAAAAUGUUGAUCAGUGCUGCUAGUCCUGAGAUUAGAAACAGAGAGCAGAAAAAAGGACUGUCUGGCAACCAAAGUGGAAUCCUAGAGGCAAAAGAUUGUUUACAUGAACAUCUAUCUGGAGAUGAAUUUGAGAAAUCCCAACCAAGUCGGAAAGAGAAAAGUUUAGGAUUGUUGUGUCAUAAAUUCUUGGCACGAUAUCCUAACUAUCCUAAUCCCGCAGUGAAUAAUGACAUUUGUCUUGAUGAAGUAGCAGAAGAGCUCAAUGUUGAACGCAGGCGUAUUUAUGACAUUGUGAAUGUGUUGGAGAGUUUGCAUAUGGUGAGCCGCCUUGCCAAAAACAGAUAUACUUGGCACGGGCGUCAUAAUCUCAACAAAACUCUUGGAACUCUGAAAAAUGUCGGCGAAGAGAAUAAAUAUGCCGAACAAAUUAUGAUGAUCAAAAAGAGAGAGUACGAGCAAGAAUUUGACUUUAACAGUGACAAAAACGAGGAGAAUCUAGUGAAACCAAACAUCCGUCAAAAUGGACAUACAGACAUGUGCUUUAUUGAACUUCCGGGAGUGGAAUUUCGGGCAGCGUCUGUAAACAGCAGAAAAGACAAGUCUCUAAGAGUAAUGAGCCAGAAAUUUGUGAUGCUGUUUCUAGUAUCAACACCUCAGGUCGUGAGCCUUGAAAUUGCUGCCAAAAUUUUAAUUGGUGAGGAUCACAUAGAAGAUUUAGAUAAAAGCAAGUUUAAAACUAAAAUUAGGAGAUUGUAUGACAUUGCUAACGUUCUCAGUAGCCUUGAGCUUAUCAAGAAAGUUCAUGUUACAGAGGAGAGGGGCAGAAAACCUGCUUUUAAAUGGACGGGGCCAGAAAUCUGUACCAAUUCCAACGUUUUAAGCCCCGUUUCUUCCACUCCUCUUGACUCAGCUGAUUUGGAAGUACCUAAAUCUUCCAAAGAGCAGUGUGCCAAAAAUCUCUUUUCUUCAAGUGGGAAGCCAAACUUCACUCGACACCCAUCUUUAAUAAAACUGGUUAAGAGUAUAGAAAGUGACCGAAGAAAGAUAAACUCUGCCCCUAGCAGUCCCAUCAAAACCAAUAAAGGUGAUGGUUCUACCAGUUCAGCCCCCUUUCCAAAUAAAAUGGCACAACUUGCAGCAAUUUGCAAAAUGCAGUUAGAAGAGCAGUCAAGUGGACCCAAAAAGGUGAAAAUGCAACUGUCAAGAUCUCCCUUACAAUGUAAAUCAGCAUUUCCUUUGGAUUCAGUGUCUAAUUCUGAACCCGACCAAGCCAAAUCCUCUCAGACUGCAUCUCUCAUUCAGCCCCUCGGCGUCGUACCCCUGAUCCACAAUUCAUUAUGUUCAGCAGUUCCUGUCAUCCUACCUCAGGCCCGGUCUGGUGCUUCUUAUGCAAUCUAUCUGCAGCCUUCCCAAGCACAAACUGCAACUUCACAAGGCAUAAACUCCACUAUGCACUCUUUAUCCUGCUCUAGCGUAACUGGAAAUCCAAGUUCCAUUGAUUCCAAAUCCAAAGUGCUCACUAAUAAAAUAACCACCGAAAAAGCCAAAAAUGAUGCCUUGAAAACUGAUGAUACCACUAGACUUGGAAACUCAUUGCCGACUCCAGAAAGACAAGCUAUAAAAAGUGAAGAAAAUGAAUCUGCGUCAGGAAAGCAUCUAAAAAGAUCUAAUGUGCUGGAGGACAACAUUUCAAUUAAAAAAUUUAAAGAAGACUUGAAGGGGCUUGAAAAUCUUUCCGCAACCUUGAUUCCAACCGGAUACCUCAUUCCUCUUGCACAAUGUUCUUCAUUAGGUACAGAGUCUAUUUUAUCUAAUAAGGAAAGUCCUGGUGCAUGUUCCCCAACGCCUAGAAUCUACAAUUCACCAAUUGCAGGCGUUAUUCCUGUGACAGCCCCUGAAUUGACUGCUGUUAACUUUUCCUCCUUUCAUGUAACCCCUUUGAAGCUAAUGGUGUCACCGACUUCUGUAGCAGCGGUACCUGUAGUGAGCAGUCCAUCACUGGCUUCAGGCCACUCCGUUCCCGCCCAGAAUCCAAGUUCGACUAUUGUAAACUUCACUCUGCAAAAUUUAGGACUGAUCUCUCCUAGCAUGCAGGUUUCUGCAAGUCCUGGACCAGCACCCGUACCAGUGUCUCCACAGAUCGAGCGCAUUAGUACUGCAUCCGAAAAUGGGAGCAUUUCUCUAGGAAAAACCACUAAGCAUGAUUCACCGGGACCUGGACAGAACCUAGUGAAUGGACAAUCACUUUCUGCGACUCCAGUACCGCAGCCUGUACCACUCACACCCAAGGGAUCACAAUUAGUGGCCGAAAAUUUCUUCAGAACACCAGGAGGGCCGACAAAACUUUCUGACUCAUCUUCUACAAAUUCAAAUGGUGCUAGUAAAUCUUCUCUGGGAAACCUCUUUGUCCCACAACGAAAGCUUGAAGUCUCUUCUGAGGAUGUUCCCUAAUGAAGGGAACUAACUGAUGCUCUGCAAUAGAAAUGAAUUCAAUAGAAAAGAUUUUUCGUUCACAUUGCUCUCUACAAUUGUUAACAAACUUGUUUGGAGGACAUUUUCCCCGGAAAAACUGUAAAUAUUUUGGAUGAUCUACUUAAUAUGAGAAUAGUAUCUUAUUUUCAUAUGACUUUAUAUUUGUAUAAAAUAUAAGUUACUACCUUUAAAGCUACAAAAUAAAGACAAAAUAUUAAACUAAGGUACCUUAAAUUCUGGGGAAAGCUGUUUGAAGAAAAUUGUAACAAACUAUUUUGCGGAAUAAUUGUGCUUGGUUACAGUUUAUAACACCACAGCAUUUUAUUAUACUUUGCACAAUGAGAGUGCUGUGUGAUGUAUAAUAUUGUACUUUAAAACAGGAAGGAUAUAGUUAUAUUUUGUAAUUUCUUCAGCCCCAUGCUUUGAAGCAAUGUCUUUUGUAAAGUUAGAACAAUU